AUGGCUGCUCAGCCCAGUGUAUAUAAUGAAAAAAAGAAUCUUCUUCGCCUUCAAGCAUGGGAAGAGAGGAAGGAAAAAAACAGCCCAGACAAAGAACUUACCCCUGAAGAUAAUCCACUCUUUGGGAAACCAUACAAGACAAACGGAAGAAAUCAGCUUUCCCUUCGAAUACAGAGGAUACUGGGCCCUUUUGACAUUGUAAAUAAUCCCUGCUCCAGUUCUAUUGAGACUUUACCCGUUCGGUCUCGUGUAUCCUUCUUGCAGUCAGAUCAGGGGCAGUCGAACAUGGAUAAAUCAACCAAAACUCCAUUCCACAAUCCAACCAGCCAGAAAGGGCUGUCUACUAACAGUUACACCUCUCAGCCUGUGAGCCACUCAGUAUAUCAACAAAAGAAGAGUGAAGACUUCUCAGAUCUCAGGGAUUAUGUUAACCAGGAAAGGUCAGCCCAGUUUCCCGAUGCUAAGCCGCUACCCCUCCAACAUGGCACUGACAAUAAUAUUGACAUGGAUACAAGGGAAAUCUUUGAUAGGCAUAAGCCUCAAGGGUUCACAAAAUUUCUCUCAGGGUCUUCCAGCACCAUGGAUGCUUCCACACUGAACAUUAAGCAGUCGCGUAAAGAUGGAUCUCUGCCUCAAGCCAAGACUAAUACCCCGAGGUGCCAGACAUUUCCUUCACUACUGUCAUCUAAAGAGCCUGGGAUGGUCAUGACCGAAAAACCAACAGCAUAUGUGCGUCCCAUGGAUGGCCAGGACCCGAUGUUCAGAGCGCGGUUUGGAGGAAUCAUUGGAUCCCACAUGAACAAUGACGCGAGUAAUGGUGGAUGGAAGAGACUGCAGCAGAGCGGGGAGUUUACCCAGAAUGACCGGGACUGUGGCUCCAGGGAAGCAAUGUGUGGCUGCGUUGAAGAACCGAAUAUUCCGGAUAUUGAGUCUCCCACGAUCAGUGUGGUUGGGGAGAAGAGGGGGCGAGGAGAAGAAAGUUGUGGGGACUCAAGGUUGGGGGAUGCAAGGUCCCCGCUCAGUGCCCGGGUAGACGGAAGGGCCGCGCUAAAUUCUGAAAUCUUCCUGGACUGCCCGGCCGCCACCUCCAUGACGCUGGAGAGCAGGGAGUCCUUGUUCUUCAGAUCCUCGGAGAGUCAUCUGACAUUCUCCUCAAGUUCAUCUAAGGUGACACGGUCCGGCUGCGUUGGGUCAGAGUCGGGCAGCAAAAGCUCCACCAAGAAGCCACCUCAACCUCCAGAGGGUAACUCUGUUAAGCCCAGGCGUGAUUUUCCAGCAGUGAACCUUGGUGACUGGCAGCUGGGAAACUGGAUGCGGAAUGGUCGGCAAAACUCCGGCAACGACAUUCAACGUGAUGCACUCGUCUACGAGAGACGCUCUCAGAAGCUGCCGCCGCAACAUCAUAACUCCAAGAACUGCGGCGCAGACCCCACUGAGAAGCGUCAGCCUCACAAAUCCAGUGCAGACCCUAUUGAGAAGCGCCAGACUCGGAACUCCAUUGCAGACUCCACUGAGAAGCAUCAGCCUCACAAAUCCAGUGCAGACUCCACUGAGACGCAUCAGCCUCACAAAUCCAGUGCAGACCCUAUUGAGAAGCGUCUGACUCGGAACUCGAGUGCAGACUCCACUGGGACACGUCAGCUUCACAAAUCCAGUGCAGACUCCACUGAGACACGUCAGCUUCACAAAUCCAGUGCAGACUCCACUGAGACACGUCAGCCUCACAAAUCCAGUGCAGACUCCACUGAGACACGUCAGCCUCACAAAUCCAGUGCAGACUCCACUGAGACACGUCAGCCUCAGAAAUCCAGUGCAGACUCCACUGAGACACGUCAGCCUCACAAAUCCAGUGCGGACUCCACUGAGACACGUCAGCCUCACAAAUCCAGUGCGGACUCCACUGAGACACGUCAGCCUCAGAAAUCCAGUGCAGACUCCACUGGGAUGCGUCAGCCUCAGAAAUCCAGUGCAGACUCCACUGAGACGCAUCAGCCUCAGAAAUCCAGUGCAGACCCCGCUCAGCUUUCCUCACACCAAAUAGAGUUGACUGACAGAUUGGCCAUGGCCAACGGGUGCAGUGAAAUCCCUCAGGACAACUACUGCUUCAAGCUGAGGAAAACAGAUUUCCCUGCCGAUGUGAGCAGCUGUAGCAAUGCCAGGAAACUCUCAAAACCAGCAGCGGCAGGUUGCCCGGACCGCAACUCAAAGUUGGAAAAAUGCUGUUUGGGGAAAAGACCGGAGUCCAUUAAGGAGGUCGUGAAGGAAAGGGAGUCCCACAAGCACAAUAAAAGCAGACCAAAAGAGAAAUGGCAUCUGCAGCACGAAAAGCUGAAGCCCCCAAAGAGCAGCCAUGAUGUCCCAUCUGGUUCACAGACCCACACUAAAACUCCGAUCAACAGACCCUUGCUGACUUUUGAUGAGAGUCAGUUUUCAGUGCAGUACUACAUAACAGAGGCCAAAAGACUGAAGCAUAAUGCGGAUGCAGAAUUGGAGAAGUUCAGUAGAGCCUUUAUCUACAUGGAUGCAGCCAUGUUCUUCGUUGAGAGUGGGAUUGUCUUGGAAAAAGAUCCAAUGACUUCAAUGUCUCCAUACUCGAUGUUUGCAGAGACGGUGGAACUGAUCAAAUUUGUUGUAAGACUUAAAAACCCAGUGGACUCGCCAGCAUCAUCCUUGGAAAAUGACUUUUUGGUUUUAUGUAUGAGGGCCCAGUGUAUCCUGCAGAUGGCGAUGUUUCGGCACAAACAAACAACUGCAGUGAAGUAUUCAAAAACCCUCAGUUAUCACUUUGAUACCUCUACUCAAGUACCACAUCAUCCUCCCGCGUCUUCAUCAAACAUCACAAACUACCUGCCACCUUCAGCCAUCACAUCCAGCAGCUCAGGUCCUGGCUCCAGCCACUGUGCCGGUGGGUUGGGUGUGGGCCAAGUUGGCACCACAGUGGCAAUUCCUCAAGAAAUCCAAAAAUUGGCUUUCAACUACAUCACCAUCACUAUGUUAUUCUUGAACGCUCAUUGUAUCUGGGAGCAGGCAGAGGAGCUGACACACAAAGGCAGCGGUCUGUUGGCAGAGCUGGACACACUUUUGGGGCCACUGAGCCUGACCUCAAGUUUGAAGUCUAUGGUCCGCUAUACCAGACAAGGCGUCCACUGGCUGAGGCAGGAAGGUAUGACACCAGCUCUCUGCACAACUGUAAAGCUGCCUCUUGCUGCAUUUCCUUGACUUCGACGCGCUUGGCCGCGACCUGAACAGACUCUAUUGAUGUGAAGUUUGAAAGCAGAUUGAUGUUAUUAUUAUUAUUUGUUAAUUAUGGGUAUGCCAAGUGGUGGCAUGACCAUGCUAGCAUUUUGCUAACAAGCUAAAGUGGCAAAAGUCCCACUGCGCAGCAGCGGGUGUACAGCAUGACCCAGCUCUGAUAUGGGGAAAAAAAAAUUUCCAAAAAAUAAAACACGCCGGAAAAAACGAGGGAAAACAUGAAAAUGAAGGCGAUAUAAUAGUCUACAGAAAAGGUUUCCCUCUUCUUCUUAUUAGGGCCCGAGAACUGACAGUACAAAGGCCCUAUUGUAUCUGUAGGAUUAUUUUUUGUUUUUCUUCUGACGAAAUGAGGGCCUUUUUGCCCCCCUAAACGUGCCCCAAAAGUCACCAAAUUUUGCACCUCAGCCAGGCCUGGCGAAAAAUUUGAUAUUUCAUGGUUU